CUUCGCGACGAUGAUAUCGACCCAUUGACAGACGCUUCGUGCCCUUCUUUGCCGUCAGCUCAAAUGCAAGGCAGCGAGUAGUGUCAUUUAUCAAGUUUCGACUCGUAAGGCCUUUCCCGACUUGAAUGGGAGGCCGACCGGCUGCUGAAGCAACAUUGGUCAAGCGAGCACUCGCACUCGCACUCGUACUCGCACUCAGAAAGAUACUUGCAGGGCGCACGUUGCGUCAUGGACAAGUACAGCAUCAUCCAGCCCAUUGGUAUGAACGCAUCAACAUGCGGCUACUGUGGGGCGCCAGGAAAGAGGUCGACUACAAAGAGCAGCGUGUCAUAUGGCAUUUGGGCGCACACGCUGACCACCAAAGCGUACCAAGAACUGUUGGAUAGGGGCUGGCGAAGGAGCGGUUCGUACCUGUACCACGUAGACAAUGAGAGGACGUGUUGUCCUCAAGUACCCAUCCGGCUCAAGGCAAGCGACUUCAAAAUCAGCAAAUCUCAGAGGCGAGCACUUUCGAAAUUGGAAGAGCAGGUCACGGAAGUGGAGAGCAUUCCUGAACUGUCUGGCUCAUUCAAAGCAAAAGGCAAAUACGCUAGAGCGUCGAGCUUGCUUGAUAAGUGGCGUCACUUGGAUGCUGCUUGUGGUGUUGAGCAAGAUUCGAGAUCAUCUGCGCCGCCGAUUUGCGCCCUCCUCUCCGAGCUCGCCGCGGCUAAAGAGCAUCAACGGCGACGCGCUUUGAUGGCUCAGUUGCACAACGAGAGAUGUCGACUAGCUCAGCGUGCGCGCCAAGAUCGCAAGCAAUCUCCCCGCAAAUCUUCAGCACCUGGACUUGCGCUGAAUGGGGAAGGAUCGGGGAUCGGGGCGCAACCUGCAGUGGGCCUGAUGCCUCUUUCACACUUCUCGCGCCUUGCCCGCUCACUUCGAUUGAAGACGAGCUUGGUACCAGGUGCCUUCACGCAAGAAAAAUACGACUUGUUCACAAGGUACCAGAUGCGUAUUCAUCACGAGGCGCGCGACAAGGUCUCAAAGCCCGACGGUUUCGCAAGGUUCUUGUGCGAUGCUCCUUUCGCUGGCGCCCGGUCAAGUGAACCGAUUGAUUUGCAGUCGCCAGACGCGGUCGAUUAUGGCCUUUAUCACCACGAGUAUCGCUUGAACGACAAGCUGGUAGCGGUGGGCGUGUUGGAUCUGCUACCCUCAUGCCUCUCUAGCGUUUAUCUCUUUUAUGACCCUGACUACGCUCAUUUGGAGCUCGGAAAGGUAAGCGCUCUUCGAGAAAUUGCUUUGGUGCUGCAAUUGCAGCGCAAAGCUGGCCUCGGCGAGUGUCAGUGGUACUACCUUGGUUUCUUUAUUCGCACUUGCCCAAAGAUGGCUUACAAGGGUGACUAUCAGCCUUCGGAGCUACUUGACGUGCACGCCAACGAGUGGAAGCCUUUCAAAGUCGUCAAUGACAUUCCCAUCAAACAGCCCAUUGCCCCGAACGAGGCUCUCUGCGCCCCGGCUACAGCCACCGCCCCCGAGCUGACCUUGAAAGCCGCCUCCGUCGACAAGGACAUGAAUGUGAGCGCGUCGGCUAGUGAUGUCGAGAGCAACGACGACGAGGACGACGACUCGCCUUUUGAAGACGACGCAGAGACGCCUUUCACCUUUCCCUCGCCACCUCCAGCCGGCUUUCUGGAUCCGACAACUUUAUCCGCCGAGCUUCUUUCUAAAACGCUCAUCUUGCCUUCGCGAGGCAAGCAACCCCACGCUUUUGAUCAACGACAGCUGAGAGAGUGCGUCGCUGCUCUUGCAGGCCAUGUCGAAGGGUUCGUCAUCACGGUCUGACCAACAAAUUUGUGGGCGAGACAUGAGCACGGAGGAGCG